ACAUUGAAAAUUUUAAUAAGAUUUUGAAGAGGGAACUUAUUUAUUAACAUUUACUCCUGUUUUGUGGUUAUUGGUCAAAACCAAAACUAUGUUGAAUAAUCUCAGUAUUUUAAAAACAACCAAAUAUAAUUAUUGCAGCAGUUCGUUCUUAAUGCAAAAAAUAAGAAAGUGUUUUUUCUAUAUUUGGAAAUAGCUUGUUGGUUUACCCUAAAUGAUAAGUUACCACAAUCUCAUAUGUGAAAUAAUAUUUCAUAGAUUUUGUCAUUUUUUAUUAUAUUAUGUUAUCUCUAUUUUUUAACCUCCAAAACUUAUGAAAUUUGUUUGUAUAAUUUUAUGAAUUGACAUUUUUUAUAAGUGAUGCCAUGUUUUAUUUGAACUGUAAAGAAGUUUGUAUUUUCUAAAACACUUAAACCGUUUUUUUUUAUCUGACGCCCAAAUGUUAAAAUUGAUCACACAGAUUUUAUAGUUUACAUGAUUUAUGACUUUUUAUUUUAUAGCCCUCCCCUUUUUUAUAAACCCCCUUCUUAGGGAAAAUUAUGUACCUGGAGUACUGUUGUACAAUUUUGAAUUUUGUACAACUGUUGUAAUGCAAAUGUACUUCUCUACACUACAUGUUGUUACGAUAAUGAAUGCUGUACAACUCUUUCAUAUAAUGUACAAUUUAUAAUACUAAUGUACAACUGCACAACGUUUUUAAGUUCAACAACUGUACAGUGUACAACUAACUGUACAACUAUGUUUAAUGUAUAUUACAGAAGUAUGGCUGGAGGGCCGGAGAAUGAUAUAUUGAUCGAGGAAACAGGACCAGACUUUGUUGUCAGGAGCCUGGAAGGGUUUCUCGUUGGUGCUGAGUAUUGUGAUUUAUUGUUUAUGUGUAAAAAUAACCAAGUUCUUCAGGCACACUGUGCAGUAGUAUCAGCUGUAUCUGGAUACAUUAGAGAGCUUCUUAGGGAUGCGUGUACUGUGUAUGAUGGAAUACAUCUCCAACUCCCGGAUAUAGAACUUCGAGAUAUUCAGAGCUUUCUAGAAUUAGUUUAUACAGGAAUAGCGUCAGUUCCCAAGGAGUCCAAGGAUCCGUUUAUACAACUACUAAAUCUGUUAGAGGUGAAUGACAAUAUUGUUGUAGAAGAAUAUGAAGCUGCCACCAAUGGAAACCAAUUUUUUGUCAGACAGGCUGUGUCCCCAGUGCAUACAAUUAAACAAAAAUCAAAAAGAAAACGCAGAAAAAUUGCCCCUGAGGAUGAUAUAGUUGAGGUGAAAGUAGAUUUCUGUAAUUCUCAACCCUUGCAACCACAUCUUCUAGAAUAUUGUCAAGAUAGAAUUGGUCAAGAUGUCAACCUCAAUGAUACAGAUACAGAACCGCCGCCCGUUGCUGCACUUUUAGCACAUUUAGAAGCUGAAAAUAACCGUAAAGAAAGCAGUGCAGCGGAAAUAUUGAAAGCAGAUCAAGCCACCAAGGAAACAUAUUCACGUAUACUAAAUAAAAUAGCUUUACAUUUCUUCAGGGGAUACUAUCAUAGAGAAUAGAAUAUAUAUUAGAGGGGAAUUUAGAGAA